AAAACACGAAGUUACAACUUGCAAGAAUCAAUGAAGUAUUUUCUUAAGCAAAGGACUAGUUGAAAAAGAACUAGUUCGGUUUGUGUAUGCUUAGAAGGAGUUCUUCUUCUUCUUCUUCUUCUUCAAAUAUACAUGUAAGAAUCAAGGUUCAAGGGACACGAGAGAAGUGGGGUUUUCUGCUACUUUUGUUUAAGGAAAAUGGACGCAAGGAAAGACUGGUUUAUGUUGAUAUUGAUAGUUUUGAUGAUGAUGAUUAGAAGGGGAGAAGGACAACUAAUAGAGAACUUCUAUAGCUCAAGUUGUCCAAACGUAGAAGCUAUAGUGAAGCAGGUAGUGACCAAGAAGUUCACCGAGACGUUCCCGACAGUUCCAGCAACUCUUCGUCUAUUUUUCCAUGACUGUUUCGUUACGGGUUGUGAUGCCUCAAUUUUGAUUUCAUCACCAAAUGGAGAUGCAGAGAAAGAUGCUCCAGAUAAUCUUUCUCUUGCAGGAGAUGGCUUUGACACUGUAAUAAAAGCAAAGCAAGCAGUUGAACAACAAUGUCCCAAUGUAGUCUCAUGUGCAGAUAUUCUUGCUAUUGCUGCUAGAGAUGUAGUAGUCCUGGCUGGAGGUCCUUCAUUCAACGUGGAAUUGGGGCGUCGAGAUGGCUUAAUUUCUAAAUCAUCACUUGUGACAGGAAAUUUACCCGAACCUAAUUUCAAUCUUGCUCAACUUAACACCUUGUUUGCUAAGAACAACCUUACGCAAAUUGACAUGAUUGCACUAUCAGGAGCACAUACAGUAGGAUUUUCCCAUUGCAAUCGCUUUGCAAAUCGCCUUUACUCAUUCUCUCCAUCUUCUCCUGUUGACCCUUCUCUGGAUCCUAACUAUGCCAAGCAGUUGAUGGAAGCCUGUCCUCAAAAUGUAGAUCCUACCAUAGCCGUAGACAUGGACCCAACUACCGCAAGAACUUUUGACAAUAUGUAUUAUCAAAAUUUGAUUGAUGGUAAAGGCAUGUUUACUUCAGAUGAGGUGCUUUUCACUGACUCGAAAUCUAAAUCUACAGUCAUUGAGUUUGCCAAUAAUCCUGAAGAUUUUAAAGCUGCAUUUACUGUAGCUAUGAGAAAGCUUGGAAGAGUUGGAAUUAAGAUUGGUAACCAAGGAAGAAUAAGAAUAGAUUGUACAGACAUUAAUUCUUAAUAUAUAUGUUUGUUUAAUGCAUAUUUGCUUUCAAUUAUGUGAAAAA